GAGAACAGGCAAAGGAAUUUGUGAGGAACAGAAAGCAGUGGAGGGCGGCUGAGGGGAAAGGGAGGAGCACCAAGCUGACAGCAAGGUUACACAUGAGAAGUCUGAGGAGGAAUUACACAAAGCACAGAGAGAGAGAGAGAGAAAGGAAAGAACAGGUAGAGUUGGUUGGGAGUAUAGGUUUCAAUCUUACCUCGCAGCUAAUUACCACUUUUGCAGUGCGGUGAACGAAAGCAAACAGAAAGCAGGGAAGAAAAACAGCAAACAGAAAGGGCAACUUAAGGCACGAGACUAGAAAGCAGAAGUAACAAGAGAAGGAGGGAGAGACAGCGGUUAAAAAGUCACGUCCAGCAGAUUAACUGAGGAAGAGAAGCGAGGCAGUAAGUAGUGAGCGAGGUGGUGAAGUAAGAAAACAAGCAGACACUCAUUGACAGAGGGGACCGGAAUUAAAUCCAUGGACUACUGACAUCAGCAAAACAAAGGAAGAGAGAGAGCAUCAGAAAGGAGGUCACUGCAGUCCAGCAGCAGUGUAGCUCGCCUGAGCGUCUCCGCUGUGCAACUGAGACAGCUGAGAUAGACAGACUCAAGUACAGUCUCAGUCCUCACUGUAACAGCACCAUGUUGAUGAAAGAGUACCGCAUAUGUAUGCCACUGACUGUGGAUGAGUACAGGAUCGGGCAGCUGUAUAUGAUCAGUAAGCACAGCUGUGAGCAGAGUGGUGGGGGAGAAGGGGUGGAGGUGGUGAGAAAUGAGUUGGAUGUUCACCCCCAGCACGGCCCGGGACAGCUGACCGAGAAGAGAAUCUACCUCAGCAGUAAACUGCCGUCCUGGGCGAAAGCAUUCGUCCCACGAAUCUUUUAUGUGACUGAAAAGGCCUGGAACUUGUACCCAUUCACCAUCACAGAGUACUCAGUAUCAUUCCUCCCCAAGUUCAGCAUCCGUAUUGAGACGAGAUUUGAGAACAACAACGGCGAUAACGACAAUGUGUUCGGGGACACGCCGACCCCAGCCAAGAGUGUGAGUUUCCUGGAUAUUCUGAGUGACCCCAUCCCUGAAAAGCACUACAAAGAGUCAGAGGACCUGAGUCGCUGGCAGUCAAGUAAAACAGGCCGAGGGCCUCUGGAGGAGGGCUGGAGAGAUGACCAUAAGCCCAUUAUGUGCUCCUAUAAGAGGGUGGAGUGCAGCUUCGAGGUCUACGGCUUCCAGACCAGGACUGAGGAUUUCAUACACAGAAACAUCCGGGACAUUCUUCUGGUUGGCCACAGGCAGGCAGUAGCAUGGAUCGACGAAUGGCACGGGCUGAGUUUGGAGGAGGUGAGAGAGUACGAGCGGGCGAUGCAAGAGAAGACCAACAGCAAAGUCAAAUCCAGCCAGAACACAGACCCACCAGCUGCCACUCGUCCUGCGUUCUCUCGCUCCAUCUCAGUGACAGAUGAGCGUUCCCUGAAGAAGAUGGGAGUGACGACUGCGGCCAUGUCUGACCCAUCAGCCUCCUCUGUGUCACCCAGUCCCAUUCGCCUAAACUCCACCCCUGAAUGAUGCCACACACACACACACACACACACACACACACACACACACACACACACACACACACACACACACAGAUACAGUAUAUUGUACAAUGCAAACACACAGAAAACAAAAUUAACAUUCACCAGUCAUGUUAUUUCUCAAAAACUAACGGGGGGGUGGCGGGGUCUAGGGGAUAUCCGUCUUAAAUCUAGGGCUAAAGCCAGCUGCUUAGCUUAACUUAGCUUAGCAUAUAGAGUGGAAACAGCUAGCCUGAUUCUGUCCAAAACAAACAAAAUCCACCUAUCAGAACACCUGAAACUUACAAAUGAACAUCAUAUUUUGUUCAUUUAAUUCGUACAAAAAAAAAAAAAAAUGUUUAUGUUUAUGUGGAUGUGCUGCACAAUUUCUUAUUAUAUUACUUUAAAACAGAACAUUGUUUUUAAUACUUUUUUAAUAAUAAAAUGAUGGAUUAGAAAAUUAAAAUGUAACAUGUUAAUAAGUGAUCUUUAAGUACCAGGCUAGUUGGACCAGGCUAGUUGUUUCCCCAUUGCUGGUCUUUAUGCCAAGCAAAGCCAACUCGCCACUUGCUCCAUAUUUACUGUACAGAGAUUUACUGCCAAAGGAUGAAUAAGUGCAUUCCCCAAAAUAUCCUUCAACACCAUUGGAGAAAUAUUUAUCUGCUCUUACGAUCAUGUUGUUGCUCUUUUCACUGCAUAUGUUAAAAACCAGAGAAGUGCCGCACAAAUACACAACAACAUGCAGACACUUUGUGCCUAAUCAAGGACAAUUUCUACUGUUGCCUUCAAAAUACCUUAGUGUCUUCAGCAGCCUGUAAGCGCUGCAUUUCAGCUCUCUCUCAGUCAGUUUCUCAGUCGUAGUCGAGCUCACCGGCCGCCAGCAGGGCUUUCCAAUUGUUUCCCAGCACCCAGCCAACGGCCUACAGACAGAUGCAUAAGGAGUUUAAUAGAGUGGAUCUAAUGAGAGAGCGGAGGAGAAGGGGGAGGCUGUCAAUGCUAUGGAUCUGCUCCCCUCUCCACCUCAGCCAAUAGGUCAGACCAGGUGUAUUGACAGAGGGCAGUGAGGCGUUGUAUUGGUUCCUUGAUUGCUUAGCCGCGAGCUGCAAAUGGGUCAAGCCAGGGCUAAACUUCCAUUAUGAGCCAAUGAUGUGGGUAUUUAUAAGACGAUUAUCUUAAUAUUUUGUACAUUUAUAAGAGAUCAGGGAUCUAUAACAGCAACACUGAAAACUGAAUUAAUGUGUAUAAUUCAGAAAUAAUGGUUUUCUAUUGUCUUAUUUGUAAAAACAUUCAGUUUGAACAAAGAAUAAAAAUGAAUCAAGUGGAAAAUGUAUGGGGAAAUUACACUGUAUAGUCUUUUAUAAUGGGUUUUUGUCAAUAAAUACAAUUUCUUUCCAAAAAGAAGAGUCA